UAGUUUGUUUACAAUGCCUUGCAACGAAAUUUUGGCGCCAUGAUAGAGCCUGGAGUCAUAAAAAAGCUAGACGAGGUGGUUGUCAAUCGAAUAGCCGCCGGUGAAAUUAUUCAGCGUCCAGCCAACGCACUGAAGGAGCUGUUAGAAAACAGUCUGGAUGCUAAAUCGAGUCACAUUCAGGUAACCAUCAAGUCCGGCGGCCUCAAGCUGCUUGAAAUCCAAGACAAUGGCACUGGCAUACGCAAGGACGAUUUGUCCAUUGUUUGCGAGCGCUUUACCACCUCCAAGCUGAGCAAAUUCGAGGAUCUAACAGAAAUUGCAACAUUCGGUUUCCGCGGCGAGGCACUAGCUAGCAUUAGCCAUGUAGCCCAUCUGAGCAUACAAACCAAGACGGCCAGCGAGCGCUGCGGCUACAAGGCCACCUACUCGGAUGGCAAGCUGCUGGCCCCACCAAAACCGUGUGCAGGCAAUCAGGGCACUAUUAUUACCAUUGAGGAUUUGUUCUAUACAAUGCCACAGCGUCGGCAGGCGCUCAAAUCCCCUGCGGAAGAAUUCCAAAAAAUAUCCGAUGUGCUAGCCAAGUACGCUGUGCACAAUCCACAGGUGGGUUUCGUUCUACGCAAGCAAGGCGAACAGCCGACACUGAAGACGCAAGCGCGCAGCUCGCGAGCGGAAAAUAUACGCGCCAUAUACGGUGCCGCCGUUGCCAAGGAGCUGAUGAACUUUAGCCAUAAGGAUGAUAUGUUCAAGUUUGAACUGGAGUGUCAGCUUACCCAGGUUAACUAUGCGGCAAAGAAGUCAACGCUGCUGUUGUUUAUUAAUCAUCGACUGGUCGAGUCGCCGGCACUUAAAGCCGCUGUGGAUGCUGUGUAUGCCACUUAUUUGCCACGCGGUCAACAUCCUUUUGUUUAUAUGAGCCUUAUGCUGCCGCCACAAAACCUAGACGUCAAUGUGCAUCCCACUAAGCAUGAGGUGCACUUUCUUUACCAAGAAGAGAUCGUUGAGCGCAUCAAGCAACAAAUGGAGGCUAAGCUCCUGGGUAGCAAUUCUACUAGAAGCUUUUACAAGCAGCUCAAGCUGCCGGGCAGCUCGGAACUGGAAGUAACCCAAACGCAGGACAAAACUCAACGCAUCUACGAAAAGGAAAUGAUUCGCACCGAUUCCACAGAGCAAAAGCUGGAUAAGUUUUUUAAGACGUUGGAGAAAAGUGAUUCGGGCCUGUCUUCCAGCUCCGGCAAUGAAACGCCAGUAGCAGCACAAGACGAAAGCUUUCGGCUAACAGCGGCGCGCAAAUCGAAAGAGGUGCGUCUAACCAGUGUGCUGAAUAUGCAGCAGCGAGUAGAGCGCCAGUGCCAUGUGCCGCUACGCACCAUUUUGAAGCAGCUUGUCUAUGUGGGAUGUGUGGAUGAACGGCGUGCGCUCUUUCAGCACGAAACGCGCCUGUACAUGUGCAACACUUUCGCCUUGAGCGAGGAACUAUUUUACCAGCGCUUGGUCUACGAAUUCCAGAACUGUGCAGAGAUAAGCGUGGUGCCGCCACUGCCGCUGCAGCAGCUGUUGCUUAUUGCACUGGAUAGUCGCGCCGCCGGCUGGGUGCCGGAGGAUGGUGACAAAACGGAGUUGGCUGCCAAUGCGGUGUGCAUACUGCAAGAAAAGGCGCCCAUUAUGCGCGAGUAUUUCGCUUUACGCAUUUCGGAACAGGGCUGCUUGGAAUCCUUACCAGCCCUGUUGGCACAACAUAUUCCCAGCCACGCACAGCUGCCUAUUUAUCUGUUGCGGCUGGCCACAGAGGUUGACUGGGAGCAGGAGGCGCAAUGUUUUGAGACUUUCUGUCGCGAAACGGCACGCUAUUAUGCCCAGCUAGACUGGCAGGAUAAUGGCGAUAUGCGCUGCCAGCACUGGUACAUGGAGCACGUGCUGUUUCCAGGCUUUAAGAAGUUCCUCCUGCCACCAGCACGACUAAAGCAGCAUCUCUAUGAACUGACCAGUUUGCCCACCUUAUACAAGGUCUUCGAACGUUGUUAGCUAUUGGCACCUUAUAAAUUGUAUUGAAUUAAUAGUUUUAAAAUUUGCAUUUUAAUCAUAACAAAGAGGUUCAUUAAACAAUACCUAUACCUAGUACUAGCUAACUAUUUAACUAAGCACAACCAGCCCUGCAAUAAAUCGAUUUAAAAAUGUG